AUGCCCGACGUCGAAAUGAAAUCCACGGACGCGAAAUCAUCGGAAGACAAAGACAAGAAAGAAGAUAAGAAGGACGACAAGAAGGAGGAGAACAAACCAGAACCCAUACCUCCUACAACGGAAGUUAAGAACAAUGCCGCACUCAUUGACCGUGCAGUCACCACUCUCGAGCCCCGAUUCACUCAUCGCGUUCUACGGACGCUGACGGCGCUGCGUAAACGGAUAGAUGAUUCGGUACUUAGAAAUGCCAUCGAAGGCAUAUAUCCCAAAGAUAGCGCAGUGAAGAAGACACUACUUUUAUGGUUACCUCCCGCUCCUGCAUCUGGUGAUGUCUCUAUGGACGUGGACUCUACCCCACCUGCCAAAACACCAACCUCCGAACUCGUACCUGAAGCCGAGAUGUACCUCCGUCUCCUAAUCCUCCAUCAUCUUCUUAAGUCAGAGGACACCCAUGAAAAGGCAUUGGAAUUGGCCCAGCAGACAGUUGCGAAGAUGCAGGCUCUCAAUCGUCGUAGCAUGGACCCCAUUGCUGCGAAGAUCUGGUUUGCUGUAGAUCGUGCAUACGAACUGGCUGCAGAGGUAUCCGACGCAAGGCCACUGUUCCUCGCAGCGCAGCGAACUGCAUCGCUCCGACACGACGAUGAAGCCCAAGCCGCACUCCUCAACUGCCUUCUCCGAAGCUACAUCAAAUACAACAUCUACGACCAAGCCGACAAGCUUGUCUCCAAAACCACCUUCCCUCCCUCUGCGAGCAAUGCCCAGUUCGCCCGAUACCAUUACUACCUCGGUCGGAUCCGCGCUGUGCAGCUCAAUUACACUGAUGCACACGACGACUUACAGCAGGCUAUCCGGAGGGCACCCCCGGCGAAGACGGCACCUGGGUUCUACCAGGCGGUACACAAGUACCUCGUGGUCGUUGAGCUGCUGAUGGGUGAUAUCCCAGAUCGAAGUCUUUUCCGGCACGUCGUGCUGCAGAAAGCUUUGACCGCGUACUUCGAGAUCGUCAAAGCCGUCCGAACCGGCUCCCUCUCACAAUUCCAAGCAACCCUCUCCAAACACGCGGCGCAGUUCGCAGCGGACAACACCUACACCAUGAUCAUCCGCCUGCGCCAAAACGUCAUCAAGACCGGCAUCCGCCGGCUUUCGCUCUCGUACUCGCGCAUCUCCCUGCGCGACAUCUGUGUCAAGCUCCAUCUCGACACGGAGGAGGACGCCGAGUAUAUCGUGGGCAAGGCCAUUCGGGACGGGGUCAUUGAGGGCCGCAUCGUGCAUGAAAAGGGCUGGAUGGAGUGUGGAUCGCAGAAGAGCGGUUAUGGGCCGGAAGUCAGUGCAGAGCUUGGACGGAGGAUAUCGUUUUGUCUGGAUUUGCAUAAUCAGAGUGUAAAGGCCAUGCGGUACCCACUCAACGCACAUCGCAAAGAGCUCGCCGCAGCUGAGGGUGCGAGAGAAAGAGAGAAAGAGCUGGCCAAGGAGAUCCAGGAUGGGGAGUUGGACGACGAGGACCUUGGACCCGAUUUCUGA